AUGGAGAACCCUUACGCCUGGCGCCCGCCAAAAUCAAACUACCUACCACACAAGAAGCCUGAAGAUCAUGAUGAGCAGGUAGUGGAGGAGUAUGUGCCCCUAGGGGGCCCAAGCGAGUUGGACAAUGCUGCCUACUUCAACAAGUGCAGGCGUGCUGCACUCAACUACAACAUAACUAGACCAAAAAGUCACACUGUUUCCUUUCACGUCAACCCUGAGAUGGAGAAAUACCACUUUGGUCUCACGCAUCCAAUGAAGCCCUGGCGCCUGACCCUGGCCAAGAGUCUCAUCAUGUCCUAUGGCAUGAACUUUGCCAUGGACAACUACAUUGCCAGGGCAGCCACAUAUGAAGAGCUCAACUCGUUCCACUCCUCUGACUAUCUCGACUUCCUGGCCACCGUCGCACCAGAACCAAUACCCCGGGAUAUAGAGAACCCUGGCACCGAGUUGAAGUUCAACCUGGGGGGGUCUGACUGCCCGCUCUUUGAGGGGCUGUAUGACUACUGCUCCAUGUCAGCAGGCAGCUCAUUAGAUGCCGCGCGGAAGAUAUGCUCGGGGCAGUCGGACAUCGCCAUCGCCUGGGGUGGCGGCCUCCACCAUGCCAAGAAGACGGAGGCAUCAGGCUUCUGCUAUAUCAACGAUAUUGUCGUUGCCAUAUUACAGCUCCUGCGUUGCUACCCAAGGGUUCUCUACAUCGAUAUCGACGUCCACCACGGCGACGGUGUCGAGGAGGCGUUCUUGUCCACGGACCGCGUCAUGACCGUGUCCUUCCACAAGUACGACCCGCAGAACUUCUUCCCUGGCACCGGCGCUCUCACCGACAACGGGCCCCAGAGUGAACAGAACCCUGGUGCGCACCAUGCGCUCAACGUGCCCUUGCAAGAUGGCAUCACAGACGAGCAGUACGGCAUGCUCUUCAGAACCGUUAUCGGCGAGGUGAUCCAGAAGUUUCGACCCUCUGCGAUCGCCCUCCAGUGUGGUGCAGACUCUCUCGCUGGUGACCGGCUGGGCAAGUUUAAUCUGCAGGUCCAGGGCCACGGACAGUGCGUGGAGUUCUGCAAGGCACAGAAUAUUCCCAUGAUCUUGUUCGGCGGCGGUGGCUACACGCCCCGCAAUGUUGCCCGCGCGUGGACACAUGAGACAUCCAUCGCCAUCGACGCCGCCGACAAGAUCGACGCCACCCUUCCGAUGCAUGCGCCCUGGCGUGAUCAUUUCAGGCAGGACACGUUGUUCCCGACCCUGGAGCAGAUCCUCGAGGCGCCCAAGCCGAACAGAAACACACCGAAGCGCAUCGAGGAGAUCCGGAUGCACAUAAGCGAGCAGCUGCGAUUCGUCAAUGCCGCUCCGAGCGUGCAGAUGAGCACAAUACCGCCUGAUCUGGGUGGGAUUCGGGAUGAGGUCGAGGCGAGGAUCAAGGAGGAGAGGGACGAGAGGGAUGAUGCCCUGCGCAAGUUACACGAGGAGGCUGUCGGAAUGCCUAUGGAGUUCUGA